AAAAUAGAAAUGAAGAAAAAAAAAUGAAUUGAUACAUAAAGAACGCACCACCUCGUAUACAUUUACAUUACUCGUUAUACAAGUUUAUGACUAAAUUAUAAAGACAUCGUAAUUUAGCAGAAUAAAUAGGAUAAUUUACUGCUAGAAGAUGCUGAAUGUCUUUAAUAUAUUUUGAUGAGUGUAAAUAGUAUGGUUUGUUUAAUCGAGAUAAUGGAUGAAUGGCAAAUAUUCGAGUAUAUCGAUAUAUAAAACAGGAAUUUUCGGUGAAGUUCUUCAUAAAGAGCUUCCUAUCAUAAAUAAACUGAUAUGAACGACAGUCUAUCAGUCUGGAAUGUAACAGAAGAUUUAGAAAAAGACAUUCAAGAUGUAAUACCACAGAAGGAUAUAUUAUAUUUAACAAUAAGAUAUAGUCUAUUUAUAUCCAGUGCUAUAUGUGACGCAUUAAUAAUUUACUUUUACUAUAGAAUCAAAAAAUUGAAAAACCCUGACAACAAAUUGAUUGUAAAUUGGGCUGGUACAAAUCUCUAUUACUAUUUACAUCAUUUAAUUAUAACCGAUAUAAUAUGUUUUGCCGUUUUAAAACUGGAAUUUACUCCAAAAUAUCUAAUAUCUUUGUCGACUACGGCAUUAGUAAUCAACUACGUCUUUGGCUUAGCAAUGUUAGUACGUUGGAUAGUGUUGAAUUUUAAUUACAAGCUCUCCAAAGACCUGAAAGAGCUGCUUGAAGAAUAUUUCGUUUAUUUUAUUUAUUCAUUAGGUUUAACGAUUUAUAUGUACGAAUAUUUUUAUUAUAAAUAUCAUACUUACGAAGUAGCUAUAAUGUGUUUAGACAGCAUCAUUUUGACAGCUGUUGUUAUAAACAUUAUUAUCUAUGUAUAUAAAAUUAAAUCAAGUAGUUUUUAUGUUAUAUAUGUUGCUAAUACCAUUAUUGCUUCAUUGGUUCCAAUGGUUUUAUAUCAUUAUUUAUUUUUGUUUUUAGUAGAUAGUUCCUCUGUAGUUUUAGAUGUAGUUUUUUAUACUAGAAUCGUUCCUCAGGUAAUCAUGUUUAGCUGUUCUAUAGUAGUAUGCGUAGUUUUGUAUAAAACUAGUAAAGAUUUUAAUAUUGCUUUUAAGGUUAUUAUAGGAUCUCAUUACAGCCAUCGCGGCAUGAAUAAUGAUUGGGUAUUUAUUGAAGAUGUGGAAACCGUUUAA